AAACGCAUCUCUUCCACGACGAAGACUUCCGCGGGAAGUGACGUCAGGUCGUCUACCAGGUCCUGUAUUUCUUCGUGUGGUGGCAGCUUAGUAAGUAUUAUUGCUCUGUUACUAAUUUCUAGUCUUGAGUCGUUAGAAAUUGUGUUUGGAUUAACCAGUUAAAGCGCUAAGAUAUUAAUAGACGGUUUCGUGUGGUCAGAAGAAGCGGUGAAUCUAAUUUUUCCUCUUCAGCUGCGUUUUUUGAGCAGGGUAGCAUGCUAGCAACUUUGAACCGUGGAGGCUAACUUGUGUAGCUGUGUUGUGUAGUUCAUAAACUGCAAAUGAGAAAACACAGUUAGCGAAUAAUUGAGGAAAAAUGCCCACUCUGCUAUUUUUGCUAUGGUUAUCUUUAGUCGUCGAUUGUUUGGUUAAUAAUUAAUCAAUCUGAGUUAUUUCAUAUGUUGUAAAAUUAGAUGUUUAUCUUGUUGUCCAUCUGAUCUGUAACAAUAGUCUCAUAGACUUAGCACUUAACCUGAAUCUUAAGGAGAUGUUUCACCCCUACCUUGCUGUCAAAUGGUGCUCAGUUGUUUCCUACUUGCUUAGAGACCAGGGUCUGCUGAGGUUUUACUCCCACUUUAGGUGUUAUAACAUGUAGGCUCAUCCAUACAGGUUAUUUCAUUAUCAGCAGGCUGGCUCCUGGUUGUGUAAAGAGUUGUUUACUGCUAACCUUCCCCUCCUGAUAAGUCUUCUUUGUGUCUCUUAAUUAUAGAUUUUAUUUCAUUUCAUCAUCGUCUCUUGUGCAUUUUCACAACAGAGCCAUCAAAGAUGACGACAGCUGCAAGGCCUACGUUUGAGCCAGCCAGAGGAGGGAGGGGGAAAGGAGAGGGUGAUUUAAGCGCGCUGUCCAAGCAGUACUCCAGCAGAGAUCUUCCGGGGCACACUAAGAUCAAGUACAGGUGAGUAAAUCAAACAUGAGUUAAGGUGAUACCUAAAGUGUGUUGGUUUAUUUAUUGCUUGCUUUAUAGCCAGGCACUGAAAAACACCCAAUGUCAUAUUUUCUGGACUGUUACCACUGGAUGAGUUCAUUUGAAGCUGUUAGCAUAUUUCAGUUUAAUUUUAUUUACUCAACGUUUUUAGGCAACCGACCCAGGAUGCUCCCGAGGAGGUCCGCGCCCGUGACUUCCGCAGAGAGCUGGAGGAGAGGGAGCGUGUAGCUGCACGUGACAAGACCAGAGAAAGAGGGCCAAGAGGUUGAUUAUUUCAUUAACCAUUAGAUUGAUAAUUCAUUGAAUAUUUAUGACUAAGUUUAAACCCAUGACAUCUAUAUUUUUGACACCUCAAUUACCUUUAUUUUUCAGAACACACCACAUCAUCAUCAUCUUCAUCAUCAUCAUCCUCAAAGAGGCCCAGGCUGGAUCAGAUCCCAGCAGCUAACCUUGAUGCCGAUGACCCUCUAACUGAUGUGAGUGCUUACACUGCACAGCUCCUGCUCAGGGAUGAUUAAUUUUGAUUAAUAUCCCUGACUAAUUGCACUCUCCUGUUUACAGGACGAUGAGGAUGAGGACUCUGAUGAGGACAGUGAUGACGACAAUACUGCAGCACUUCUUGCAGAGCUGGAGAAGAUCCGGAAGGAGCGGGCUGAAGAACAAGAACGCAAAGUAAGCUUUUGUUUAGGACUCUAGUGCUUGUACUUGCACUCUGGAAAUCACGGCAUGGGGUUAUGGAUGAAAGGGGUAAAUUUCAACCUCUUUGUGUUGUGUGAUUUUGCUUCUUUCCCUGUCUUAGGAGCGGGAGCAGAAGGCAGAGGAGGAGAGGAUUCGCAUGGAGAACAUCUUGAGUGGCAAUCCACUGAUUAAUUUGGCAGGACAGCAGCAACAAAUGACCCAGACUCAGAAUACAUUCAGGGUCAAGAGAAGGUAUCCCACCUGAGUACAAACACACACACAAACACAAUGAUUGCUGUAUUUUGAAAAAAAAAAAUACUGUUCUCAUAAUAUUACACUUUAAAAAUUAAUGUGUGAAAAUCUUUCCAGGUGGGAUGACGAUGUUGUCUUCAAGAAUUGUGCCAAAGGAGUGGAUGAAGCACGGAAAGAGAAACGUUUUGUGAAUGACACACUGCGCUCUGAAUUUCACAAGAAAUUUAUGGAAAAAUAUGUAAAAUAGAGGACUGAAUGUGUCUUGAUUUUAUUUUAUUUUUAGAAUUUUUUUUCUUCCUUUCUGUUUUCCUCUUUGCUAACAAUAGUAAACGGCAUUCACAUACUUUCUGUAUUAAAAUGCAUUUUGUGUUUAAACAGAAAACCCCCCAAAAUGUUGUACAUAAAUAAGUUACAUACUUUAAAGUUUAUUGAAACUUGGAUGGCAUUGUUUAAUGUGAUUCAACAUUUGAGUCUUUCUGUAUUUUUUUUAUUUCAAUAAACAUAAGCUUGUGUCGUAAA